UGGUGGGGUUCGGUCUUUGGAGCUUUCAACCCGAUUCUCAAUCUCUUUUCCAUGCUUCCGUCAUUCCACUUAGGUUCCGAACCUUCCUUACAGAACCUUGACCGCUUUCUCAAAUCUGCACCUUGUUUUACACUUUCCAACACCGCGCAGUAGGAGCCACCGGGUCGUGUGUUCUGCUUCUCCCAGCGACGACAACUCUCUUCUUGCGCACCACUUCGCACUUAUUCCCCUGGCUAUCCAACGACAACGCAACAAGGCGUGCGACGAUGCCCCCUUCCAUCCAAGAGCUGGACGCAACCGUCCGGGCCUUCUACGAAGGCCGCGGCGAGCAGCAAAAAGCUGCCCAAGCUGCUCUGAAUCAGUUCAAGGAGGACCCCGAUGCCUGGAUAAUGGUCGAUGAGAUCCUCUCGCAGGCGUCGUACGAGCAAACAAAAUUUCUGGGCUUGCAGGUACUCGACAACGUGAUCAUGACGAGGUGGAAAGUCCUGCCGCGGGAGCAGUGUCAAGGAAUUCGCAACUUCGUCGUGCAGUAUAUCCUGCAAUGCUCCAGUUCUGAGGAGGCCUUGAGGACUCACCGCACCCUUCUCAACAAGCUGAACCUCGUACUGGUCUCGGUUCUGAAGCAGGAAUGGCCUCACAACUGGCCUACGUUCAUCAACGAGAUCAUCUCUGCCUGCCACUCGAGCUUAUCCGUGUGCGAAAACAACAUGAUCAUCCUGCGGCUUCUAUCGGAAGAGGUCUUCGACUACUCCGCCGAGCAGAUGACAUCAACAAAGACCCGCAACCUGAAGACGACUAUGUGCGCCGAGUUCUCCCAGAUCUUCCAGCUUUGCCAGGAGAUUCUCAACAGUGCGACCCAGCCGAGCCUUAUUAAGGCCACGCUGGGGACGUUACUGCGUUUCUGCAACUGGAUUCCCCUGGGCUAUAUAUUCGAGACACCCUUGAUCGAGACGCUUCGGACACGGUUCCUCGAGGUACCAGAGUUCCGGAAUCUCACCUUGCAAUGCCUCACAGAAAUCGGCGGUCUGCAGACAGGAGGACCGGGUCAACUCAAUACAUACGACGAGCAGCUGGUCAAGAUGUUCACUGAGGUCUUGGCAUCCAUCUCCAACAUCAUCCCCCUAGACAUGGACCUCAAGACGACGUAUCCGCAAAGCAACUCCCGCGAUCAGGAAUUUAUCCAGAAUCUGGCGCUUUUCUUAUGCAACUUCUACAGCAUGCACCUGCCGCUGAUCGAGAACCUUCCGAACCGAGAUUUCCUCACCCACGGCCACUUCUACCUUAUCCGAAUUUCCCAGAUCGACGACCGCGAGAUCUUCAAGAUCUGCCUGGAUUACUGGCUGAAGCUCGUCCAGGAGCUUUAUGAAGAGAUGCAGUCGCUGCCGAUCUCCGACAUGGGGUCCAUGUCUCUAGGCAUGAUGGGUGGGGGAGGAGCACCGAACCCGGCCCUGCUCACCAACUACCCGCUCCGCAAACACAAAUACAACGAGGUCCUGUCAAACCUGCGAGUUGUGAUGAUCGAGAAGAUGGUGCGGCCGGAAGAAGUCUUGAUUGUGGAGAAUGACGAGGGCGAGAUCGUCCGCGAGUUCGUCAAGGAGACCGACACGGUUCAGCUGUACAAGACGAUCCGUGAAUGCCUGGUCUACCUCACCCAUCUGGAUGUUGUCGAUACCGAGCAAAUCAUGACUGAGAAGCUCGCACGCCAAGUAGACGGUUCCGAAUGGUCGUGGCACAACUGCAACGUGCUCUGCUGGGCCAUCGGCUCGAUUUCCCUGGCCAUGAACGAAGAGACAGAGAAGCGGUUCCUCGUGACAGUAAUUAAGGACCUCCUGGGACUCACGGAGAUGAAGCGUGGAAAGGACAACAAGGCCGUCGUUGCCAGUAAUAUCAUGUACAUUGUGGGGCAAUACCCACGUUUCCUCAAGGCGCAUUGGAAGUUCCUCAAGACCGUCGUCAACAAGCUAUUCGAAUUCAUGCACGAGUCCCACGAAGGCGUCCAGGACAUGGCUUGCGAUACCUUUAUCAAGAUCGCCAAGCAGUGCAGACGACACUUCGUAGCUCUCCAGCCUAGCGAGAAUGAGCCGUUUAUUGAGGAGAUUAUUCGCAAUCUGGGUAAGAUCACUUGCGACUUGACUCCCCAGCAGGUUCACACAUUCUACGAGGCCUGCGGCUACAUGGUCGCUGCGCAAGGGAACAGGAACCAGCAAGAGCGGCUGCUGGCCGAGUUGAUGGCCAUUCCCAACGCGGCCUGGGAUGAGAUCAUCAAGCAGGCGACCAUGAACCCUGCUAUUCUCCAGGACGCCGAUACGAUCAAGAUCAUUGGAAACAUUAUGAAGACCAACGUGUCGGCUUGCUCGUCCAUCGGGCCCUACUUCUUCCCUCAGAUCGGCCGGCUGUACAAUGACAUGCUCCAGAUGUAUGCCGCCACGAGCCAGCUUAUCUCAGAGGCUGUCGCCCGUGAGGGUGAAGUCGCGACCAAGAUGCCCAAGGUUCGCGGUCUCCGGACCAUCAAGAAGGAAAUCCUAAAGCUCGUCGAGACCUUUGUCGAUAAGGCGGAAGAUCUGCAGGCCGUCAGGACCCAGAUGGUACCUCAGCUUCUCGACUCGGUGCUGGUUGACUACAAUCGCAAUGUUCCCGGUGCCCGUGAUGCCGAGGUGCUGAAAGCCAUGACCGCCAUGAUCACCAAGCUAUCGGUUCUUAUGGAGGAUCAAGUACCCGUGAUCAUGGAGAAUGUCUUCGAGUGCACUCUGGACAUGAUCAACAAGGAUUUCUCCGAGUUUCCGGAACACCGCGUGGAGUUCUUCAACCUCCUCCGGGCCAUCAACCUUCACUGCUUCCCCGCCCUCUUGAAACUCGACAACCGGCAAUUCAAGUUCGUGAUCGAUUCUUGCUUGUGGGCUAGCAAGCACGACAACCGUGAUGUCGAAACCGCUGGCCUGAACAUGUGCCUGGAACUCAUCAACAACAUCGCGGAAAAGACGGACGUGCAAACCUCCAACGCCUUCUUCAACCAGUUCUUCAUCACAAUCCUGCAGGAUGUCUUUUUUGUUUUGACGGAUCAGGACCACAAGGCCGGCUUCAAGACGCAGUCCAUGCUGCUCAUGAAGCUGUUCUACUUCGUCCACCCGGCCGACGGCACGCAGCCAAAGAUCCAGAGACCGAUCUACCAGCCUGACCAGGCGCAGCCUGGCACCAGCAACCGCGAGUUCUUGGGCAAUUUUGUUAGCACCCUGCUGCAGAAUGCUUUUACCAACCUUACACCGGUCCAAAUCACCGCAUUCGUCGAGGGCCUGUUCACACUCAACACCCAGUAUGACAAGUUCCGCCUAGCACUGCGCGACUUCCUGAUUUCCCUGCGUGAGUUUGCGGGUGACAACGCAGAGCUCUAUCAGGUGGAGAAGGAGCAGCAGGAGCGCGAGACGCGCGCGGCCGAACUCGAGCGCCGCUCCAAGGUCGGCGGUCUGCUCAAGCCAUCGGAGCUGGAGGAGAACGAUGAGUUGUGACUCCGGG